UGAGACCCUUAAGUAAAUUGAGUAUAAUCCAUUAGUAAACCUUGAGGAGGUUUAGUACAUUAAAUAGGCGGUAUAUGCCGGGUAUAUAUAUUCCUCAAAAAAUUAAAUUUAAGACAGUUGUGGCGCCUGAACUUUGUCUGCCGGCGGCGUUUUUAUUGAUAUCUACGCACGAAUUAAGUCUCAGAACAUGUGGAAGGAACCUUUGAAUACCUUUCCCCGCUAACGUCUAAGGCUGAAUGCACACAGGACGCGUCAAUGCUAGGGAAUAACGCGUGAGCCACGCGUUGAUCAAUCAGCGUUUAAUUUUUCCGGAAAUAAUAGAUACAUAACUUCUGUCGCACGUCAAAAGUUGAAAUCAAUCCAACUUUUGUCACGCGAUAUAAAAACGGAAGUAGCGAUUUCUAGUAAUUUUUGAAAAUAGAUGUAAAAGACAGAAAAUUGUACGAAGGAUCACGGAUCACACCGAUCACAGUGAAUUCAUUUAGAUUACAAAUUGCAAUCGUGUUGCAAUCGGUAAUUUCGAGAAAUCGGUAUCACGGUAUCCUUCAUGCUCUGUAUAGUCUGUAUUUGAAUUAUUUACUGCAAUAGACGUCAAAAAAUUAUUGGAAUCAUUGUUAUCGUUUUGUUAUUUGUUAUUUGUAAUCCUUUUGCGACGAGAGUGUCGAAUGUUAUCUCGUGUAAAAUGGCUAAUACUGAAAUAAUGUGCAAUGAUUGUAAUACUAUAGUAAACAUUGGAGAAGAACACGAAUGUAACAUAGAAGAUAACAAUGUUUACGAUGAUUAUAACGAAAGGUUAAUUGCAGAAGUCUUUGUAAGGGAAGGCUUAUGGAAUUCCAAAUUGCCUUACAACUUUAGAGGUCCAGCACAUUUGAAAACAUUAUGGUGUGAAGUUGAUACUUGCUUAGGAACACCUGCUGGAAGUAACCAAAUAAAAUGGAAAAGUUUAAGGGAUCGCUUUGUCAGGGAACAUUCUUCCGUAACAACUUAUAUACCAAGUGGCAGUGGAGCUAUGAAAAAAAAGAGCAAUUGGCCAUUAUAUAACACUUUACGUUUUCUAAUUCCAACAGUGAAUUAUAGAAAAACUAUAAGUAAUCUGGAAAACAUAAAUCCAGAUUUUCAGUCUGAAAGUGAUACACAGUUAUCACUUUCAGAUGAAUCUAGUCUCGCUGGUACCUCUAAUAAUAAUACAUAUAUAAGAAAAAAAAUAAAAAUCGCUCAGCAAGUACAAACAAAACGAAGUUUGUGUUUGUUGAGUGGCCUCACAAGUCUCUCUUAUUAUUAGUGUUAUUGUACUUCUACCAAUUCGAUAGUUUAAUGCAAUCGAGUUAAGCCCAUCUCCACUUGCUAAGUAACUAAAAAAUAUAUAAUAUUGUUAAUUUAAUGUUUACAAAUGUUUGUAAGUUUAUCAUUGUCAAAUUAAAAAAUUUUAUAAAUUGUA